GAAAUCAAACAUAAAAAUAUAUUAAAAUCUAAAAGAACUGUAGAAAUGUAAAGAAAUUCAAACCUGAGGAAAACCUUGAAAAAAAUGCUACUACAUCUCAUAUAAAAACGGUACUCGUACUUUUCAUGUCGGUUGAAGCGAGAUCAAUUAAUGAAGAAAUUCCUCAACCGGGUUUUUCUAUGCAGCGUGUCGUAACUAAUUCAGUUAUUAAAAUGUUAUUGUUUUGUUGCUGCUGAUAAUUUUAUGUUGCACGGAAUUACUUGAUGUACUUAUACAUGCCUUGUGUGUUUCGUGACCUGAAACGGCGCAAUAUAUACGUUCACUGUAGUAAGACGGUCCUGGCAUAAUGCGAUAUUUCGGAUGUAUUCUUAAUGUGACGAUCAUGCAAAAUUUUUGUACUGUGCCUAUAUUUUGGCUGCUUAAAUGAUCCGUAAAACCUUCGAUAUUGUUUUCGAAAUAUUGUUUGUUGGCAUAAUUCUUUUACGUUUAUGUGGAUGAAUCAUGACAGCGUGAUGUAGAACGUAGAGUGAUGGCUUUAAGCGAGUUCUUGACUUCGUGGCUUGCUGCGCUUCAAGCGUUAUAUUGCUUAACUAAUCUGCUAGUAAUCACUGUGUCAUUGUUCACGUUUUUUUUGUAUAGAUCUUUUUUGCUUUUCUCCUUCCAUGGAUUUCAUUGUCCUUACGGAUAGCCUGUUGUCUGAGUCCCAUACUCACAUAAAAGAAAUAUAUAAGAUUCUUUAGUUUUCGCAUUACCAUAUAUAACAACAUUUUUCUUGGAAUAAUUUGUUGUUAAUUCCUUUUUAUCCUGAUUUUUGGACCCUAAUUUUCCAUCCCAAAUUUUCCCGAUUUUCUCUCCCUCAUUUUCCCGAUUUUCUAUCCGUCCCUUUUAUCCCGAUUUUUCACCCCUCCUUUCCCCAAAUUUUUAUCCCAUCUUCUCCCAAUUUCUGGAGCGUUCUCCCGUAAUACACCAUGACGAAGAAAAAGCUGAAACUGGAAGAGGAGCCGGAAGACCCCCUGGUGGACCAGUACGACCCCCUGCCCCCCUCCGCCCUCAUCGACGUCCUGAAAGUCUCCCGCCGGAUGCUGGCGGUGGUGGAGGCGGACCGCCGCGUCUUCCAGGAGGACGUCGACGAAUGGCGCGAACAAUCCACCGCCCAGUUAACCUCCCUCCAACGCCGCAGAUCCCUCCUCCUGGCCAUGCUCCACGACCAAUCCGACCGGGCGGGCGACAAGCCCUACCUCCCGGCCAUCUGGAUCCAGUACGGCCGGUCCCCCGCCGACGCCCUCCCCUUCCGUUCUCUUCCCUUAGACCGCAUUAAGGCGCUUCUCCGCCGCCGUAUUUUAACGCGCUAUCGGCAUCUGGACCGCAUGACCUUUGAGCGGGUGGGCUACCGGCGGCAGGCGGCGACUAUCGCCCGCCGCCGGGAGGUGAUUGUGGAGUAUCAACGGGAGCAGAGGGAGCCGGGGGCGCAUGUUUUCCUAACGGGGCUGCAUAAUACGUGGCUGCAGAAUUUGCUGCGGCAGACGCACGAGAUGAUCCAGGGUUUGAAGGGGCAUAUGACGUUUUUCCAUUAUUUGCGUGAUGCGGCGGCGAAGUUCAGCCGGUUGAAGGAUUAUUUGGCGGAGGAUGCCGCGCAUUUUGCCCGGAUACUCGAUGACCUUUAUAACCGGGUGCGUAUGCAGCACAAGGAACUGCACUACUUAAGCAUGGUGUUCACGGAAGUGAAGCGCAGCGCGGUGAAGGCCAAACGGCAGUACUGGGACGUGAUGUUCGACAUCCGGCGCACGGCCAUCCUGCGCAAAGCCAUCAUGACGGAUAUUGAGGACGCGCUCAAACAGCACCGCGACAUGUGUGACCGGUGUAUCCGGGAUAUACUGGCGAUUAACACCAACAUCCAGAAGGACUACGCCGACAUUUCCGGGCUGGGACCGCGCGCUCCCGGCAACGCUAUCUGUGUGAAACAGUAUCCGCACGCCAUGCUGGCACGACGGAAAAUCAGUAUGUUGAAUAGCGAGAAUCGCAAUCCACCGCCGUUUUCCCAAGAAUCCGACGCCCCUCACGACACGGAACUGCAGCGCUCCUACAUGAUCCUCAAGGAGAUGACCCUGGCCACCACCACCGAGGAGCUGAGCAAACUAGUCCGCAACCAGGUCAUCCGCGCCCUCCACCUCGAAUCCUCCAUCACCCGCCUGCAGCACCUAACCACCACCGUCCUCCGCCCGGAGGAAUCCCGUUUCGCCGCUGAACGUGAGCGCCACCGCGUCCUAACCGCCACCCGCCAGCACGCCAUGUCCGCCGCCUACACCGCCGUGCAGACCACCUUCGAGGACACCGCCGCGGUGGCGCGCCGCAUCAUCACGGCGCAACGCGACAACGUCGACGACUUCCUGACCUUCCACGACAUCCUGCACCUCCUCAUCAAACGCGCCGGCCUCAACUUCGCCACGUACGACGCCGACAUGCACUACCUGGACGAGCACCCGGGGAUCGAUGGCCUCCUGGACCUCACCGCGUUGACGCUGCACCGCGUCGAGGAGGGCCAGUUGGCGCCGUUCUUCAACCGGAACUGGGCGGUCCUCCGGGAUCUGGUGGAGGACGUGGAGUUCCUGGAGUACCGCGGUGGGAAGCUCCCCUCCACCAAUAACCGGUUGGUGUUCGACAGCGGCCCGGCGCAUCCCAAGGCCGAGGAGGCGGAACUGUUGGCGGAGGGGGAGGCUAUCCCGGGGAUGGCGUUGCCGUUGAAUCCGCGGUUCAUCACCCAUGCCCAGAUCAAGGAGGCUAACUGGCGGAUGAUGGAGCGGUCGCGGAUGGCGGAGCUCGCGCGGCUCAAGCAGGCGGCUGCUGAGUUCGAGGCCGACCGUAAGGCGCAGGCGCGCGCCGAGGCCAAAUUGGCCGCUGCGCAAGCUGCUACGAAAAGCAAGAAAUAGCGACGCAGGGAGAUUGUUGCAUUGGGCAGUGUGGUGGUUUCUGGGACGCUAGUUACUCGUGUAGAGAUCUCUUGUUGGAUCCUGCAGGCACUUUAUUCCGCACAUUUACUGCCACUGCCAAUCAUGGAUCCGCUAGAAUGAUCCUCAUGCAUUUCGUGAAACGCGUACGUUACUGGUGCUGGUCAUCGAUACUUCUUUACAGUCUGCAUAUGCUCACCACAAUUAUAACGACG